AUGUUAUCACGACAAAGUAACAAUAAGAAACAACCUCCAAAGAGCAAGUUUGAUUCAUGGUCAAAAGAGGAGAAGGAAAUUGUAAGAGGACAAGUCUUGUCUCUUCACUCUUUAUUUCCAUCGAGAACUCCCGAUGAAAUUUUGAAGAUUUAUCUUCAAGAAGAAAAGGAUGAAACUGCUACGAUUAGUCGUUUGAUCAUGAUGCAAGAAGAAGAGGAAGAAAAAGCAAUAAAAGAAUCGGCACCAAAAACAUCAGAAGGAGCAACUAUUGACAUUUCCAAUGAUAAUAGUAAAAAGGAUAAUGAUGAUGAAGAAAUGUUGGAAAUUAUUGAAGAAUCUUCAUCUUCUGUAGUUGGCAAUUCCAAUGUCGAUGUCGAUGAGAAAACUAAACUGGAGGAAACAAUGGUUGAAACUAGUGAUAUAGCCGAGGAUGAAGAUGUCGAAAUUGAUGAUUAUGGAAGUGAUAUUGAAAUUGAUGAUGAAGAAUAUCAAGAGGAAGAGGAGGAAGAAGAGGAAGUUUAUAGAGAUCCAACAGAAGAUGAUGAAAAUCUCUUUGACUAUGACGAUAAUGAACAUAUUGUACUUGAUGUGACAGAUGCCUAUGAAUACUCAGAGGAAGAGUUGCACAAUCAAACUUUACAAUCAGAAUUGAGAAGAAAAGCAAUGGAUCCAAAAUUCUUCCUCGAUUUGAAAAAGGAAGAAGAAACUCUGGAAUAUUUGUGGGAACAAUACAAAAAGAAAAAGAAGGACUACAAGGUUCUUAUUGAUGAAAUGGAUAUUAUCAGAGAGCAAGAUGAAGAAGUUCAACAUACAAAGGAUUUGAUUCAAUGGUCAGGAGCUCAAAAAGAUCAAAUCGUUCUUACAAUGUUGAAACAGUACAGAUGGAGAAGUGAAAAUAUUUCGCACGAUUACUGGGAAAGGGGUGAAAAUUAUGUAUUCAAAUUAUGUGGUAUUCCAAUAGGCGAAAAACAAACGAACGAUGAUGACAAUACUUGUCCUGCUUGUUUCUGUGAUGAUGUACCAAUGACUGAGAGUCCAAUGUGUGGUCAUUCAUUCUGUAAUGCUUGCUGGAAAUCAUAUUUAGAAGUCAAGAUUAAGGAAACUUCAGGUUUAGGACAAACACGUAUCAAUUGUAUGGAUUGUAACGCUGCAUUGACCCAAGAUUUUAUCUUUUCAUUCUUCAAAAAUGAUGAAAGAAUCAAGAGACGUUUUAUUGAGAACAGAAUUGAAACCUAUGUGAGUGAUCACUUUAUGGUUACCAGAUGUCCAUCAAAUCGUUGUAAAUGCGCUAUUAAGAAAACUAUUGAUGAACCUAUUCACUAUGUGAAAUGCUAUUGUGGAGAAAGGUUUUGCUUCCAAUGUGGUAAGGAACCUCACUUCCCUUCCACUUGUCAACAGGUGAGUGAUUUCAAAGGUAAAUCGAGCGGUAUGUCAGAAGGUGCAUCUAUUGCAUUUAUUCAAGGUAACACAAAAGUCUGUCCAAAUUGCAAGAAGGCAAUUGAAAAGAAUGGUGGUUGUAAUCACAUGACUUGUUCGAUGUGUAGACAUGAAUUCUGUUGGUUAUGUUUUGGAAAAUGGAGCACCCACAAUUUUGAAGCAUGUAAAGAAAGAGUUGUUGAGCAUUCUAUGAAUUUAACCAAAAAUGAAAUUCACCAAAAGAAUCUUUAUCAUCACUACAUUUACUAUGAGGGUAAAAUGAAUGAACACAAACAGUGGUUACAACGUGAAAAAUUCAAUCACUACAUGAAGAAUAACAUUCAACAAUUCAAAGCAGAUAUUUACAUGCACACUGAUGUACCAUAUAAGCACUUGUUUUGGAUUGAUGAAAUGUUAAAGAAGGUAAAGGAAGCAAAACGUUAUCUUCACGGAGCUUAUGUCUAUGCAUUCUGUGCCUUUAAUGAAGAGUUGGCAGAGAAGGACAAGAAGAGUAAUUCAACCAAAGCUUCUCUGCUAAACAUUCACUCUAAGGAAUAUAAAAUCAAGAAGGAGCGCGAGAGAUGCUUCCUCCUCUUUGAUACUCACUUGAAUAAUUUGGAAAAGGCUGUUUCUACACUUUUACAAAAGUUGGAUUUCUUAACAGAUAAUGCUUGGAGUGAUUAUUUACAAGAUAUUUCAAAGCAAAAGAUUUAUUCUGAACAAUAUACUAUGAGACCUUACUUGACAGGUGUUGCUAACCAAUUAGAGGGUUUACAAUCUGUGAUAGAAAGUGUAGAUAUGAAAUCUUUGAUGUAAAAUUAACAUUCUAAUGUCAAAAA